AUGCAACUGACGAUAGAAAGGAUACACCUCCGAGACGACCUGCUACAGCAAGAUAUACCCCUCAAGGAGCUUCACUGUUAUAGCCUACCAUUUGGACUUCUUGGCUUCAUCUCUCAUGUCCUUACUUACUAUACCAUCGCCUGUCUGUGGUUCGGACGGAAACCGCUCUGGCCCUUUUCAAAGAUAGCCAACUCCAAAUUCGAUAUCAUCCUCGGAUCCCUUGGCGUGUCGCUCUGCAUCAUCAUGUCGAUUGUUACCAUGAUAAAAUGCAAAAAUACAUGGCAACUCCUUGUAAUUGCAGUGUGGAAACUGAGCAUGUCGUUGUUGAGUGGCAUGACCGCUCUGCACGUUGCUAUUCUAGUCAUCAACAACCCGGAUGAUGAUAUUCAGCUAAAAUCUAAAACUUCGGCUUGGUGGCUCGUCCUUUAUAUCCCUGGUAUGGUUGCAGGCAUGAUUGGCCUUAUGAGCCUCGUCGUGAAAGUCACAGAUCGAUCCGAAACUGUCCUUGGCCUCACUAUUGCAUUCUACUCAGUAGUUGGGGCAUCACUGGUCGUUGGAAUCAUUUCCAUGAUUCUUACGUGCUACUUAGGUAGUGGGGAAUCUGGCAAAGUCGCCGCAACCGGCUUUCUUGUCACCAUCGCGUUGUUCAUCGUCUUGAGCGCUUUUUACUCCGAUUGGUGCCUGGGCAUCAUGCUGGACAACCUUCUCGGAACACCCUCGUCUGAUAAUUCUGGCUUCUAUUGGACAUAUUUUAUCGCCAAGCGGCUAACAAUGUUCAGUUUGUGA